AGGAUUGGUAGCUUUGCGAUGAAAAGAAACUCCGAAACCUCGGAUACAGAAAAUGUCCCCGUUCAUAAUAAAUGUACUCUGCCACCUCCUGAAGAUAUCGUAGUAAAAUACAUUUAUAAUGGUUGUUUUGUCGAGACGAGAAGAAUAUUUAGACGUUUCUUGACAGUAAGCGAGGAUAACGCAUUUUGUAAAACUGUUUUACGAUCUAGCGCUGCUAUUCGCGAGGAAAGGGCACGACACCUGCAACAAAAUUAUUACAUAGUUCACCCGUUCAGCGCCGCAAGAAGUGCAUGGGAAUUUUAUGUGAUUAUCAUGUCAUUUAUUAUGUUGACCUUCACUCCCUUUGAAAUGACGAUUAUACCUUUCGAUGCGAAUUGGAUAGCAAUUAGGCGUCUUAUUAGUGGCACCAUGUUGCUAGACUUUUGUCUAAAUUUUGUUUGCGGUUAUCAUGACGUAAAAAACAAUAAGAUUGUCUUGGGCUGGAGAAAAGUGGUAAGGCACUACUUAAAAACAUAUUUCCUGGUCGAUAUACUAUCGUCUAUUCCAAUAAUUUUCAUUGUGUACUACAUCCCUAUGCCAACUCGCGUGGUUGUCGGUCGUGCAAUGAGAUGCAUGAAGUUACUGAGAUUGGUGACUUUAUUGAGAUAUUUGAGCACCUAUAGACACCGCAAACAGUAUAGCAUCAACAAGUUCAGAUUAUUUAAGGUAUCCAUUGUAUUCCUAAUCGUCGUUCUGUGGGCAACUAGCUUUUGUUAUCUAUACGCUCUCAGCAAAUCAAAAGAUCAGUUCAGGGGUUUUCUACGCAGCUGCUUCCAUGCUUUGUGUAAUGUUUUCGGCGUCAGUUAUGGUUAUUUUACGGGGAACGAUGAAUUAAAAACUAUAUAUUUCGUACUAUGCUUUCUAACGUUUGGAGUCAUAUUUAAGAUGUUUAUAUACGCGGAAAUUCUGCACAUGGUAAAUACGAAUUUGAGUGUGAAUAAUAAAUACGAACACUUCAUGAACCAAUUACAUGAAUUCAUCCGUUACAAGCAACUGCCAGAAAAUAUGAAGCAACGUAUUUUGUUGUUCUACAAGUUUAAGUUUGAAAACAACUAUUAUAAAGAAGACGACAUUUUGGAAAGUUUAUCGGAAAAUCUCCAGCAGGACAUCAUACUACAGAACUGCCAGGGUUUCAUUGAAAAGGUUGAAUACUUUCGCAACUUACCUACAAAUCUUCUAUUGUCACUUGUGAAGUGUAUGAAAUCGGAAAUAUUUAUAAGCGGGGACCAAAUUGUGAAAGCCGGAACGCCCGGUAACGGCAUGUACUUUAUUUCUUCAGGCACUGCUGCCGUUUUCAGUCCGGAUGACGUAGAGGUUUGCCAUUUGACAGAUGGUUCACACUUUGGCGAAAUAUCGCUGCUAAUAGAGGAAGGAAAGCGAGUCGUGACUGUUGUAGCGAUCGAGUGCUGCGAAUUAUACUUUCUAAGUCGUAAGGACUUUCAAAUCGCGAUGGCCCCGUAUCCCGAAUUGAGGAUGGAAAUGAAGGCAAUGGCCGAAAAGCAAAUUUUGCAUUCAUUGUUUGCGCGACGAUUAUAAACGGAAGAGUCUUGUUUUUGUGUUUUUUCAAGGUUUAGUCUUUCGGAUAUUUAGAUGCUACUAACAUGUGCGGAGACGUAAACAAAUCUAAUUCGGCAUAAAUUGUACUUGUCAAAUACCGCACUAGAUUUCUGUAGACAUUUUCUAUUGUAGUAAUAGUCUGAAAUAUUAGACGAGUAAAAAUAU